CCUUGGUAGAAGCAGGGAAGAGAGCUUCAGCACAGGACUGACCAGAGGAAAGCGAAAGAACCGCAUCACUUUGACUGACUUUAUCUUCUAUCCUGAGAUAAUCACACCGGUGUUGCACUUUUGCCUUUAAUUCCGUUUCUGGACACCUCUUUUCCAUUCAGCCAACUGGGUGAGACAAAGCCCGUCGGUGCCCUGAGCGGCAGAACUCUGGUAGGGGGCUGGCUGGCUGUAAAUUGACGUGGCAUGGAAAUUCUCCACUAAGUUGCUGCAGCUUGCAAGCUCCUCAAAGAUUGAGCCCAGCCUCCUGGAGCUGGAGCUAAACCAUGGGCUCAGUGACCUUAAAGAAGAAUGGAUCGAGUCCCCAGCUCUUCGCCUUGGACCCGCCGCUUUCUCUCUGGCUAUCUAUCAUUUUGCUGAAAACCAAAUCAAAGCAGUUAAGUCUGUAACUUUGUUUUCGCAGCUUAAACAGCAAAAUUGACUGCUCUCGCUCCUCUGGCUCUUCCCUGCAAUCUUAACUCCUUGCAGACUUUGCCAUGGGGUGCGGACUUAGGAAGCUGGAAGACCCCGCUGAAAGCAGCCCUGGAAAAAUAUUUUCUACCCUGAAGAGACCGCAAGUGGAAACAAAGACAGAAUUUGCUUAUGAAUAUGCCCUGCUGGAUUUUACUUUACAAGCUUCAACAAAUCCAGAAGUCAUCAAGAUAAAUUCAGUCCUGGAUAUUGUUGCAAAAGUGGAAGACUAUUAUCUUAAGGGCUAUGUUGUUGGGGCCAUUCACCCUGUUAUACAACCUGUGGGGCAGCGAAAGCACCUCCCGGCAAGUCACCUGUACAGGGCAGUGCUGUCCCGGCUGAAGCUAAGCCCCAAGCAUUCAGCAGCGGGCGGACAAAGGCGCGCAAGGCUUAUGAUAGAGGAGUGUCCGCUAACUUGUGAGACACAAGCGAACGACGCGGCAAAGGAACUCAUAGACAAGAUCAAUGCUGCUGCUAAAAGAGGCAUGAAGUUUGUUGGUCUUGUCUCACAGUGCUACUUGCCAUCUAAGCACUGUAAUGGAGCCAGCCAUGACGGGGCUGCAGAGUCGGGGCUCCACAUGAGACACGGUUCACAAGACAACUGCAAAGGCUGGAACGAAGGAGCCCUCGGUGGACACUUGUCGGAAAGUGGAGUGGAGGAGGAACCACAGCAUCAAAGUGGACAGCAUCGGACCGAGGGGAACAGCAGCCCCGGCUACCCUAACCCAAAGCACGGAGAAGCCCCAGAUAAUAAGCUGUACAUGGUCUUCAAUGCUUUUGAGGAGGAUUCGGCCUGCUGGACCUAUCAGGAAGGCGUCCUGUCCAUGAAAGUGACGAGGAAGGGAGCUGUCAUCAGCGCGCUGGAUGCCAACUGGCUAGAACUAACUACAUUUUAUUAUAAGCAAGGCUUCUCUUUAAUUGACUCUUUCGUGAACUGGGAGACGCCUAAGGGGGACCAGUUACCCAAAUCUUUGGAAGGCUUUUUUAUCUAUGAAGAAGAAGGGCCUGGCGUCCCAGGUUCGAACAGGAGAGGAAAUGACGCCAUUGUAGUAGAACAGUGGACCGUCAUUGAGGGCUGUGAAAUCAAAACAGAUUACGGCCCCCUGCUGCACACCCUGGCUGAAUUUGGCUGGCUUCUGACAAGCGUGUUGCCGACACCUGUAUUGAGAUACGACAGUGAAGGGAAUUUGGCUACCAAGCAGGUCGUAUUUCUCCAAAGGCCAGUUACGUGGAAUUCAGCUGCUCAGACCCCAGAAAGGAAAGGCAGCCGGCUGCUGAGGGGUGAAGACAGAAACAAGGUUGGCAGCAGGAGCAUAGGCCUGGACACAAGCGCAUGUCAAGCCUCCCAAGCCGCAGGAGGCCGAGCCCCUCUUGAGGAGGGCCCCCCCUCUCCCUCCAGAGAGUGCUGGACCAAGGAAGAGCGGCCCGCGCAGAGCGACAGCUUCUCCGGCUUCAGCAGGAGCGACAGUGCCCUCCGGGAACUGGAUGAUGGACAGUUUGACCAGGAAGAGGGCGUGACACAGGUCACUUGCAUGUGAGUUGCCAGGUGACCCCAGAGAAGGCCUUGUAAAUAGUUAUUAAAAUGACUGCUAUCCGACUUUAUUUCACUACUACCAUCUUCAUUUAUGCAAUUGUUUUUUAAUUUCCAGGCUCAGCCUUCCCCUAAUCUAUGUAAACUUUGGCUCAACCUCUAAGACAAGGAAGAAUAACCAACUAUUUAUCAAUUUAGAAGCAUGCUUACAUUUCUCUCAACUAAAACAUCUGUGUAAACAGAUGUCUCAUCUGGUCAUUAAGCAACGACCUGGUUCACUUCCCCACAAAUGGACAAAAAUCAUUAUUUCUCAACAGGCCUAUUACAAAGGCUGACUAUCCAAAUCACGUCAACCAAUUAGGGCCUUCUCAGGAAGCUACAGCUCCAAUUAAACUGAAAAAUAGUCUUUCCUCCCUAUCUCUGUCCCUCUCUCCCGUGGACACAGACGCGUGAAAAUAUCUAUUCCCUGCCUAGAGCACUUAAUCUAAGUUUUGUCUCUUACUGUCGUGUGUCCAUACAAAGCAAGCCCCAUUUGUCAAAGGUCUUUUAAAAAAUUUCUUUCCCGUGUCUUUCCUUUCAAAGAGCCACCAUGUGGCCAGUCCUUCAGUGAACCAUUAACUUUGGCAUUGUUGGUCCUGAUAGCCUACAGGGGCAUUAAACAGAAUUUCUUAAGUCAGUUAAGGCUGACGGGACGGCUCGGUUGUAAAGGCGCUGGCCACGUAGAACUCGUGACCUGAGUUCAGUCUCCGGAACCCACAGAGAUGUAGAAAGAGAGAACCAAGUCCACAAAGCUGUGCUCUGACCUCCUCAAGCAAACGCUUGUUCCUCUAUGCCCUUGUGCACACGCACUCAUUUUUUUAAAAGUCACUGAAGAGGGGUCAGUGUGCAGGGCACUGCAUGGCUGAGCACAACCACCCGCCCCACUCACUCCGACCUCGGAGGAAUCCGACUGGCUGAACCUCCCUACCCUGACUGAGAACUAGUAUCCAAUAAAAGGUGACUGACUGGUUCAUGUAAAAAAAAAAAAAGUCAUUUAAAGGAGAGCCCACGGUCUCAGUGUGUACAUCUCAUCUCUGCCCAGCGUGGUAGCACACCUCUAAUCUCAGUAUUUGGCAGGCAGAGGUGGGUAGAUCUCUGUGAGUUCUAGGACAGCCAAGGCUACACAGUGAGACCAUGUCUCAAACAACAACCAACAAAAUUUAACUUUCUCUCUUUAAAUUUUCAAACACCAUUGAAGAGAACAAAUGCCAGUCUCAAAUGGAGUGGGACUGCUAUAACCGUUAGGUUCAAAUCCUGUUUCUAUCUUGACGUGUUAAGCCUGGAGAAAUGUUGCGACCCAGGAUUCUCAGUCCGGCAGGAGUGGGGGGGCUCACAGCCAUGUGAUGUCUGUGACACUGACCCAUGGCCACCUUCCUCCUGCUGCGAGGGAGGCUUUCAUCUUCCCCAGUCUCUACCCAUCUUCUACAGAGCAUUUACGUGCGAAUGAAUUACAGCUGACUCUGCCGUUAAGUUAAUUCACAUAUCAUAUAUUUUUAUUGGCUUGAUGUUGACAUUGUGAGUCGUGUGAAUAAUAAACUCUCAUUUGUUGUUAGGCUACUGUCUAACUGAACACAAA